AUGAAAAUCAGUGCUGGUCCUCUUGUGAUAGCCUUUCUCGUUGUUUUUCCGAGUAUGGUUUUGGCGAAACAGUAUGUCGUCGGAGAUGAUGAAGGCUGGAAUGGUAAUGUUGAUUACCAAGCUUGGGCUGAUGACAAAACUUUCGAACUUGGAGAUGUUUUAAUUUUCAAAUACGAUGCUGGUAGCCAUAACGUUGCUCAAGCGUUUAAUGAAGAUGGCUAUGAUAGUUGUACUUCAUCACCAGAAUUUGGGGUGUACACCAGUGGCAAUGACGCUUUAACUUUCAAUCUUGUUGGGUCCUAUUAUUUCUUAUGUGACUACCAUUGUGAUUCUGAUCAACAUAAAGUUAUGAUCAAUAUUGUAAAAUAG